GUCCUAGCUCAGACUGCGCCCGUCGCCAUCUUCUGUAGCUGGUGUCGGAGACUUGUUUGGCGUAGUCAUCAAGCUAACUCUUAUGUUCCAUUAAGAUCACUUUUAAAGGCGCUUGAGUCGUUAAUAUCAACAAAGAUAGUUUGCGAUAACACCGUUUAAUUUAGCAAGACACUAAACUACGCAAGAUGUCCAACGAGCAGGCCGAAAAUACUACCGAGGCUGUAGGCCAGCAACAGCCGCCGCAGCCGCCGCAGCCGCAGCAGCAGGGAGAAGUGAAUGGAAAAGUCAAGCAUGAACCCAAUUCCAGCAGGAAGGAGAGGCCCCAGAAGAGAGGUGGAGGCGGGCGCUACGAACCCUAUGGAAAUGCGAACAAGAGAUACAGGGUUUUUGUCAGCAACAUCCCAUAUGAUGUGAAAUGGCAAGCCCUGAAAGACCUGAUGAAAGAAAAAGUGGGUGAGGUAACGUACGUGGAACACUUAAUGGACGCAGAAGGCAAAUCGAGGGGUUGUGCUGUUGUUGAGUUUAGGACUGAGGAACUAAUGAAGAAAGCAGUGGAGAAGGUCAACAAGCAUAACCUCAAUGGACGACCCCUAAAAGUGAAAGAGGACCCCGAUGGUGUGAUUGCUCAGAGAGAAAUCAACAAGGCUCCAGUUGGAGGGCCUCCAGGAGGCCAUGGUGGAAUGGGAGGAAUGGGUGGAAUGGAUCGCAUGAACAUGGAUCGAAUGGGCCCAGGACCUACUGGGCCCAUGGUCAACAUUCCUCCUAGCCUGAUGAACAACCCCAACAUCCCCAAUGAGAUCAUCCAUGGUCUGCAGGCUGGCAGGAUUGGCAGCACUGUCUUUGUGGCUAAUCUUGAUUACAAAGUGGGCUGGAAGAAGCUGAAAGAGGUAUUCGGCAUGGCGGGCAUGGUGGUGAGGGCCGACAUUCUAGAGGACAAGGAUGGGAAAAGCAGAGGCAUGGGCACAGUAACAUUUGAUAUGCCCCUUGAAGCUGUCCAAGCUGUCUCUAUGUUCAAUGGGCAGCUGCUGUUCAACAGAGUCAUGCACGUCAAACUGGAUGAGAAAUCCCUGCCCAAAGAUUUUGGACCACCUGAUAGAGCUGCUGCUCUUCCCCGUGGUCUGAGUGGAAUUGGUUUAGGCCUGGGACCUGGUGGCCAGCCCAUCGAUGCUGCCCAACUCAACAGAGGAGGUGGUGGUGGAGGAAUGGGCAACAUGGGCCAUGGUGGAGGAAUGGAUGGGAUGGGUGGCUUUGGCAACAUGGGAGGUCGUAUGGGAGGAGGAGGAGGAGGAGGAGGAGGAAUGGACAAUUUUGGAGGAAUGAACAACAUGGAUCGUUUUGGUUCGUCAGGGAUGGGCAGAAUGAAUGACAUGGACCGUGGGAUUGGUGGCGCUUUUGACAGGGAGUUUGGGCGAAAUGAAAUGGGCAUGUCUCGCAAUAAUUUUGGAGACUCCUUUGAAAGAGGAAUGGGUAACUCCCUGGGUAUGGACCGCAUGAACUCUGGAAUGGACCGCCUGGGAACCGGCAUGGACCGCAUGGGAGGGAUGGACCGGAUGGGCAUGGACAGGAUGGACCGUGUGUCUGACCUGGACAGGCUGGGUUCUGGGUUUGACCGGAUGGGCUCGGGGAUGGACCGGCUGGGGCCCAGUAUGGACAGGCUUGGACCUGGCUUGGACCGUAUGAGCUCCAGCAUGGACCGCCUCGGCCCAGCUGGGUUUGACCGUUUAGGCCCGUCUGGUUUGGAUCGCGUGGGUUCCGGCAUGGAUUUUGGCUCCCCAAUGGGAAUGGAUCGCAUGGGCAACACUGGGCUUGACAGAAUGGCCAGCAGCUUCGACCGCAUAGGCUCCGCUGGAGGGCUGGACCGCUUCCCCACCGGUGGCCUCGACCGCAUGAGCUCUGGGAUGGAUCGGAUGGGGACUGGAGGUGUUGGUGGUCAGUUUGAUCGUUCUGCUGAGUUGGAUCGUGGAUUUGGUGGGAACUCCUUUGGAGGAGCUGGAGGGCCUGGAACUGGGGGAGGCAACGUGAGGAAGGGAUGCCAGAUCUUUGUCAGAAAUCUGCCAUUUGACUUCACCUGGAAGAUGCUGAAGGAUACCUUCAAUACAUGUGGCAUGGUCCAGUACGCUGAUAUAAAGAUGGAGAACGGCAAGUCCAAGGGCUGUGGUGUGGUUCGUUUCGACAACCCGGAAACUGCAGAGCGUGCCUGCCGGACCAUGAAUGGCUAUCGGCUGAAUGGACGAGAGAUUGACGUUAGGAUUGAUAGGAAUGCAUAAGUUAUUUGUCUGUAACCUCUGACAUUUAAUUUAGUCACUGUCCAGGCCCUCUGUAUGAUCUGAAUUGCCCUUCUGCAUAGUCAUAUUAUACUCAUUCACUUGGUUUCUUGGGUAUUUGUAAUGGUGAAAUGUUAUUUUAGUUAGUAAUUUGUGAAAGUGUUUUAGUUCUUGCUUAAAUUUUUACUUUUUUUUUUUUUUUUUUUUUUUUUAGAGACCAAAUUUUAAAUUUUUCUGUUGUGCUUCACCUGUCAUUGCCUUUGUUCUAUAAGGUGUUUUGAUAAAUAAACCCCAAUAUUUGAAAUCCUU